UCAUUGCAUGACGUCAUCCCCGGUAAAGGUUCUCCGCAGUGUCGGCCAUGUUUGUUCAAUCUGCUAGUGGAAAUGGUUUGAAUUUAUAGAAUUAGAAUAUAUUUUGCCAUCGAGUGUUUCAUAAUGAUAGGAUGUAAAGACUAUGUGGAUGUAAACUAAUAUUAAACGUGAGAAAAUUUCUAAUACUGUAAUAACUGAAUAUACAGUGUCUACGCAUCUUAACAGUUUUUAUUUGUGAUAUAUUUUUACCCCAAAAAUCGUGAUGUCUUCGGUUAAAGUGGCAGUGAGAGUUCGGCCCUUUAAUAACAGGGAAGUGAGCCGAGAUUGCAAAUGUAUCAUUUCUAUGUCUGGAAAUACAACUAAUAUAAUUAAUCCAAAAUCUCUGCCUGGAUCCAAGGAUUCUUCAAAAAGUUUCAAUUAUGAUUAUUCCUAUUGGUCACAUGAUCCUAGAGAUUAUAAUUUUGCAUCACAAGAAGUUGUUUACAAUGAUAUUGGAGAAGAAAUGUUGCUACAUNUUUUCAAAGUCUACAAUGUUUGCAUAUUUGCCUAUGGACAAACUGGUGCAGGAAAAAGUUAUACCAUGAUGGGUAGACAAGAAGAAGGCCAAGAAGGAAUUAUACCUCAUAUAUGUAAAGAUUUAUUUCAUAGGAUACAAGAUAAUGGAAAUACAAAUGAAGAUAUGAUGUAUUCAGUUGAAGUAAGCUAUAUGGAAAUAUAUUGUGAACGUGUGCGGGACUUAUUAAAUCCUAAAAACAAGAGUAAUCUUCGUGUUAGAGAACAUCCUUUACUUGGUCCUUAUGUUGAAGAUCUUUCAAAACUUGCUGUAACUUCAUAUCAAGAUAUUCAUGAUUUAAUGGAUGAAGGUAAUAAAGCUAGAACUGUUGCUGCAACAAAUAUGAAUGAAACCAGUAGUAGAUCUCAUGCAGUAUUUACAAUUAUAUUCACUCAAAGAAGAGUUGAUGGCCUUACAGGAUUAACUACAGAAAAAGUAAGCAAGAUUAGUCUUGUAGAUCUUGCUGGGAGUGAGAGAGCAGAUUCCACAGGAGCCCAAGGAACUCGAUUAAAAGAAGGAGCAAAUAUCAACAAAUCACUUACAACAUUAGGGAAAGUUAUUUCCGCACUUGCAGAAAUAGCUGCAACAAAGAAAAGAAGAAAAGGUGACUUCAUACCAUAUAGAGAUUCUGUAUUGACCUGGCUUUUACGGGAAAAUCUUGGAGGCAAUUCUAAAACUGCUAUGAUUGCUGCUGUAAGUCCUGCUGAUAUUAAUUAUGAUGAAACACUCAGCACAUUAAGAUAUGCAGAUCGUGCCAAACAGAUUGUUUGUAAAGCUGUUGUUAAUGAAGAUGCUAAUGCUAAAUUAAUAAGAGAAUUAAAAGAAGAAAUUCUACGUUUAAAAGCUAUGUUAAAAGCAGAAGGAAUAGAUGUAGAUGCUGGCCAUGGAACAGUUAAUGUUGAAUCAUGCAAUGAAAUAAAUAAUAUGGAAAUAAAUAACAAGAAACAAAAACAAAUUGUAUCACCUGCUGGAGAGAAUGCUAUUGAGCAAUUACAGGAAUCAGAAAAGUUAAUUGCUGAGUUGAAUGAAACAUGGGAAGAAAAACUGAAAAAAACAGAAGCUAUUAAAGUCCACAGAGAAGCAGUAUUUGCUGAAAUGGGAGUUGCACUCAGGGAAGAUGGAGAUACUGUUGGUGUUUUCUCUCCAAAUAAGACUCCCCAUCUUGUUAAUUUGAAUGAAGAUCCAUUAAUGUCAGAAUGUUUAAUAUAUUAUAUUAAAGAUGGAAUAACAAGAGUUGGACGACCCGAAACUAAUGUUCCUCAAGAUAUAAAAUUAAAUGGAUCACAUAUAAUGAACGAACAUUGUAUUUUUGAAAAUCAAGAAGGAAUAGUAACUCUCUGUCCUUGUAAUGAUGCCAUGUGUUAUGUUAAUGGUCGGGAAGUGUCAGAACCUUUGGUAUUGCGUACAGGUUCUAGAGUUAUACUUGGAAAAUAUCAUGUUUUUAGAUUUCAACAUCCUGAACAAGCAAGAGAAAGCAGAGAGAGAAAAUCUCCAACUGAAAUAUCAAACAAAAAUGAGCCUGUUGAUUGGAGUUUUGCUCAGUUGGAGUUACUGGAGAAACAAGGCAUUGAUCUGAAAUUAGAUAUGGAGAAAAAGCUAAUAGCUUUAGAAGAACAGUUUAAGAAAGAAAAAGAGGAAGCUGAUCAGUUUUUUCAACAAGAAAGAAAGAAUUACGAGGCUUGUAUUGAAAGUCUGCGAAAACAAGUUGAAGAACAUUCUCUGAUGUCCAGCAUGUAUAGUACUUGUACUGUAGAUGAUGUAAUUGUUGAAGAAGACAUAUUAGAACCAGAAUGGACUGACAGGCAGUACCAAUUAGCUAUCUGGGCUUUUCAGAAGUGGAAGUAUCAUCAAUUUACCUCAUUAAGAGAUGAUCUCUGGGGAAGUGCAAUAUUUUUAAAAGAAGCCAAUGCUAUCAGUGUCGAACUUAAGAAAAAGGUACUAUUUCAGUUUACACUUUUAACUGAUACAUUAUACUCUCCUCUAUCACCUGAUAUGUUACCUGCAGAAGAUCUAGAAGAAAGACCAUAUCCACAUACAAUUGUAGCUGUGGAAGUUCAAGACUUGAAAAAUGGUGCUACUCAUUAUUGGACAUUGAGUAAAUUGAGACAACGUUUAGAAUUAAUGAGAGAAAUGUAUCAAAAUGAAGCAGAACUCUCUCCCUCUUCUCCGGAUUAUAACGUUGAAAGCAUUAUUGGUGGUGAUCCAUUUUAUGAUCGAUUUCCCUGGUUCCGUUUAAUUGGAAGGGCAUUUGUAUACAUGAGUAAUUUGUUGCAUCCUGUACCAUUAAUUCAAAAAGUUGCUAUUGUCAAUGAGAAGGGUGAUAUCAAAGGUUAUCUUCGUGUCCAGAUUCAAGCUGUGAUUGAACCUAUAGAAAAAGAAUGUGAUCGCAUCAAUCAAGAUAGUGGUCAUGGAGAUAGCAGUAUCUCUUCUGAAGGUUGUGAUGAAGAUGAUCUUCCAGAACAUUUACAAAUUGGAAAGGAGUUUGCAUUUAGAGUAACACUACUACAAGCAAUAGGAAUUUCUAAAGAAUAUGCAGAUAUAUUUUGUCAGUUCAACUUUUUACAUCGUCAUGAUGAAGCAUUUUCAACGGAACCUCUAAAAAAUACAGUUAAAGGGCCACCACCGGGAUUUUUUCAUGUUCAGAAUAUAACAGUUACUGUGACAAAAUCUUUCCUGGAAUAUGUCCGAUCUCAGCCUAUUGUUUUUGAAGUAUUUGGUCAUUAUCAACAGCACCCUCUCCACAGAGAUUCGAGGGAUAUUUUGGCCCAGCAACAUAAUCGUCAACCUCCAAGACGUAUGUUUCCCAAGUCUAUUCCUAUUUCUCAACCUGUUCGUUCUCCAAAAUUUGGCGUACUUCAAUCACCCAGCACAACUCAUAUCCAUGCUAAAUAUGAUUUACUUGUUUGGUUUGAAAUCUGCGAGUUAGAACCAAAUGGAGAAUAUGUUCCUGUCGUUGUUGACCAUAGUGAUGACAGUCCUUGCCAAGGUACUUUCCUUCUCCAUCAGGGUAUUCAAAGGCGUAUUAGACUAACAUUAAUUCACGAGUCAGGUCCUGAUCUUUGUUGGAAAGAAGUGAGAGAACUUGUAGUCGGACGAAUUCGUACAACACCAGAAUGUGAUGAAGAAGACACAGAUGUUUCUGUACUUUCUUUGGGUCUCUUUCCAGGAGAAUAUGUCGAGAUGAUUGGUGAUGAUAGAGUUAUGUAUAGAUUUGAAGCUGCCUGGGAUAGUUCAUUACACAAUUCUCCUUUAUUAAAUCGUGCAACAUCCUAUAAAGAACAGAUAUUUAUGACAAUUUCCGCUUAUUUGGAGCUUGAAAAUUGUGCUCAACCAGCUAUUGUCACUAAAGAUCUGUGUCUUAUUAUAUAUAGUCGAGAUGCACGCAUCGGUCCAAGAUUAUCCCCCAGUGCCAGAUCUUUGCGGCAUCUUUUCUCCGGUGCUUAUAAAAACUCAGAUGUUAAUCAUGUUAGUGGUGUUUAUGAGUUAGUUCUUAAACGUGCUGCAGAUUCUGGAAGUCCAGGUGUUCAACGCAGACAGAGACGUGUCCUUGAUACUUCUUCAACAUAUGUGAGAGGUGAAGAAAAUCUCCAUGGAUGGAGACCACAUGGAGAUCAACUUAUUUUUGACCAUCAGUGGGAACUCGAAAAGUUAACACGACUAGAAGAAGUAGAGAAGGUUCGACAUGUCUUAUUGUUGCGUGAAAAACUGGGAAUUGACAAAGGUCCUAACUAUCAUCAGGAAAUUAGCAAAUCUGAAAAAGAAGCUUGCAAUCUUGUAGCAAAGGCAUCAGGUGAAGGAGGAAGACCUAUAAUUUCAGCUCCUUUGUUACCCUCUCCAACAUCCAAUCGAAUCAUAGAUGAAUCUGUUUAUGAACCUUGGGAAAUGACUGAGAAAGAACGGGAAUUAAUAACUAAAUGCAUCACACUUAUUCAAAGUCACAUUCCAUCUAAACCACCUCCUACUGGAAAUACAAAGAAGGAUACUGUAAUGACACCUGAUGAAAAUGAUAUUAUUUCAUCUGCAUCAAGCAUGCAAUCUAGUAUAACUUCUUCUUCUUCUCAAGAAAUACUGUCACCAGAACAAAAUAACAGCAUUCUCUCUGAAAAUAAUAUAAACAAUCUGAAAACCAGCAAGGCUCCCACAACAAAUUCUCAUAACAAUGGAAAACUUCUCUAUGUUGCUGAAGUAGAAGAAAUUCGUGUCAGUCCUGUAGUUUCUCGUAAAGGAUAUCUGAAUUGUUUAGAUGACAAAACAAAUAGCUGGGUCAAAAGAUGGGUUGUUGUACGUCGUCCUUAUGUAUUUAUAUACAAAGAUGAAAAGGAUGCAACUGAAAGAGAGAUAAUUAAUUUAGCAACUGCACAAGUGGAAUAUAGUGAAGAUCAAGAAGCAAUGCUAAAGGUACCCCGCACGUUUUCUGUGUUAACUAAGCAUCGAGGAUUUUUGUUACAAUCACUCGAAGGCAAAGAAGUUCAUGAAUGGUUAUAUGCCAUCAAUCCACUUUUAGCAGGACAGAUAAGGGCAUGGGAGAAGUGUGUGGAAGCAACAAAGCCUAAGAGGAAGGUUGUAAUAUGGACGAUUGAGAUGAAAAAGAAAUUUAUCACGAAGCAUGAAAGCAGUACAUGUAUGGCAAAUCUGAUGGUCAUGUUUAAGAUGCCAAAAUCGACAGUGUGUGACUGGUAAAUUCAAUAUUCAUUUUAUUAUACAGUAUUUACAUGUUUUA